AUGGAGCGGAUCACACUUGUGCGAGCGUUGGUGACUUUAGUUGUUAUUUUCACCAGUGGCUGUGGAGCUCACAUCGCAUCCGUUCCCACUCUGAAAAUGGACCAAGCUUUGUUAAUAUUUCAUAACCAGCUGCCCCAUGAAGUGGAGGUCUUGUACACUUCAGAUUAUUGCUACAAGUGUGUGUACCAGAGUUUGGUUCAUGUGAAAGCCGGCUACAACAAUGCAUCUACAGUCAUCAACACCAAAUUCACUUUGAGUGUGCAAGUGGAAUCAAACAAGAAUGCAAUUCUUUGCAGAUGGAAUCAGGCAUAUGAGGAGGGUGGUCACUAUAAGGUUUGGAUCCUAAGGUCAGACAAUGCCAGCAAUGCCACCUGUCUUCAUGCUGUGGGCAGAGGACCUCACAACUCCUACCUGCCUAUUCUGGUGGCAGCUCUCACCCUGGCUAUAACUGCUCUCUUAUUUGUUGUUGCACCCUACAUAUGCAGAAAGUGUCGCACAUCGAAAUUUGUAAAGACCACUUGCUGCCGAAGCCCGCAGUACUCGCUUGAUCAUGACCAAGUGCAUGCUACACAAGCUGAGGGCAGUGCCACCAAAGUGAAAUAUAAACGUCUGCGUUCGCUGGAUGUUUUUCGAGGGUUUGCCCUCACAGUGAUGGUGUUUGUCAACUACGGCGGAGGAGGCUACUGGUUCUUUCAACAUGCACCGUGGAAUGGUCUGACUGUGGCGGAUCUCGUCAUGCCGUGGUUCGUCUUCAUCAUUGGGACCUCAGUGGUGUUGGCGUUCAGAUCCAUGCAGAGAAGAGGCGUAGGCCGCGUGCAGCUGCUGCAAAAGAUCACGUGGAGAACUGCAGUCCUGCUGACGCUCGGCUUCUGCUUCCUCAACUACUCCCCGCGUGAUGGACCACGUAGGUUGUCCUGGUCCUGGCUCAGGAUCCCAGGGGUACUGCAGCGCCUGGGCUUCACCUACUUUGUUUUGGCUCUACUGCAGAUUCUGUGGGGACACAAAGAAAAUCAGCAAAAAGAAGGUCACUGGUGGUCCCCCCUCCAGGAUGUGGUGUUGUACUGGCCCCAGUGGCUGACCAUCAUCCUCUUGGAGACCUUGUGGCUGUGCAUCACCUUCCUCCUGCCUGUACCCAACUGCCCCAGAGGGUAUCUGGGAGCUGGUGGAAUUGGGGAUAACGGUCUUUACCCUAACUGCACUGGAGGGGCGGCGGGAUACAUCGACAUGUGGUUAUUUGGUGACAACAUGUACAGGUAUCCCACUUGCAAAGAAAUGUAUCACACCACCCAACCUUUCGACCCAGAGGGCAUUCUGGGUACAAUCAACUCCAUUGUGAUGGGAUUUCUGGGAAUGCAGGCAGGGAAAAUAAUCGUUUUCUACAAGGAGAAGAACAUCCACAUCCUGUGCAGGUUCUUAGUGUGGGCAACCAUCUUGGGAAUCUCGGCAGCCAUCCUUUCUAAGUGCACGCGAGACGAAGGAUUUAUACCUGUCAAUAAAAACCUUUGGUCAUUGUCCUACGUGACGUGUAUGGGCUGUCUCUCUUUCCUGUUGCUGGCAGGCCUGUACUUUAUCACUGAUGUAAUGAGCUGGUGGGGCGGACAACCGUUCAUAUAUCCAGGGAUGAACUCCAUCUUUGUGUACGUCGGACACACUCUCCUGGGUUUCUACUUCCCGUUCAGCUGGGAGAUGCGCUUCCGGGAAAGCCACUGGGAGUGGCUCUUCCAAAGCCUGUGGGGAACUGCAUUGUGGGUGAUUGUUGCCUACUUGUUGUACAGGAGGAAAUUCUUCCUCAAAAUUUGAAGAAAACUGUUGUGCUCCAUUUACAGUAUAUUUAAUUCUCUAUUUUGGUUUUCUUAGCUUCUGUGCAAAUCAAAUC